UAUAUGAUUCAACAACAACAGCAGCAGCAGCAGCAACAACAGCAGCAGCAACAGCAGCAUCAACAGCAGAUACCACAGAGGGCAGCUAUGUAUUCCAGACAGCAGGGACCAAUGGGCGGAAUAGAAUCUGUCCAGCACAAUGCUUCUGAAUGGAGGCAUUUACUCAUGACUCAACAGCAAAACGCUAAUUUCAGUCCUAUGAGACCUAACUUCCAGCAAGGAUUCAACAUGAACUCAGGCAAUAUGCAGCAGAUGUCUGCUUUACAACACCAGCAAAUACGAACACAGCAAGGUAUGGUUUCUGGUGGCAUGACCGGCGGUCAACAAGCCCUAAACCAAGGAAUGGGCCAGGGGCAGGUUAUGACCCAAGGCAACAGUCCCAUGGCACAAAUGAACAACAUGAAUCAUGCUGUGUUACAUAUGCAACAGCAGCAGCAACAGAGUUUACUACAACAGAAUUCGCAGAUGUCCAUGUCAAGUAUCCACAUGCAACAGUCACAAUCAAUAACGGUAACCAAUCAGGCAUUGCAACAGCAAGGUAACUUGAACAAUCAACUCGUCAGUGGCCAGUCUAAUAACCAGAGCAACGCUCUAAGCAGUUUCAAUCCCCAAGCAGACUUUAAUUUUGAAUUCCUCGAUAACCUGGCAACUGGUGACACUGGGGCAUUUACAGAUCAAGAGUUGUUGAAUUCUUUUGACAGUGAUGCUGGCUUUAAUUUAGAUUUUUAGUGAAAUUUUAUAGUUUUUUUUUUUGUUAACGGUUUUUAUAUAUAUAUUUUUGUAUAUAUUUAUAUGUAUUUAACUGUGGUUUCUGUUGGUACUUCCAUCUCGUUAGGCAUACUUUCUCAUGAUUUGUCGCACUUCCAACUUGUUUCUUAUGAAUUUAUUAAAAAUGUAUUAUGGAAUUUUCAAAAUAAGAUUUUAUUUAUUAUUUAAUUUAAUUACUUUUAUUUUGAGAUUAAUAUUUGAAAUUAAUUUAUUAUUCAUUGUUACUUUUUACUGAGUAAAAUUUACAGGCUGGAGUAAUUUCUGUCUGAAUAUUCUAAAUAUUUUUGAAAAUGACAAAAUUCUAAAUUGGUGACCUGUAAUUUUUUUACUAUAUCAGAGCAUUUAUUUAGCUCAAUAUGACGGUAAGCUAAGGUAAGUUAAUGGUAUAUUCCUUGUAAAAUAAUUUCAAAUGGUUAUUUUCAAAAUUGAAUGUUAAAAAUUCAUGAAUACAAAGUGGUUAUUUUGGGAACAAUAAAAAUAUAAAAUUUCUUAGGUUCAUUCCAAAGCUGACACUAAACUUAAAUAUUGUUUGUGAUAUUUUAUUUACACUGCCAAAAAGCAGAAAAUAUUUGGAGCUGUGAAUCGGUGGAGUGAAUUAUCGCAAAAUAUUACUUUUAUCUAAAUUAAUUUUUCUCGUAACAGUAAAUCAAUACAUUUUUAGAGUGUUUUUAUAUCUGCCACCAAUAAUAAUAAAUCAAAAGUUAAUUAGUUGUGUAUUCAUAUCAGAUUUCAUAUAAAUUUUAAAUAGGUACCUUUUAGAUUAAACAAUAAAUGGGGCGGGCAAGAAACUUGACACAUUUUAAUACUUCAAUAGUCAUCGCUAUCAAAAAAAUCAAAUCAAAAUAAAUAUUAAAAAAAUACAAAAACAAACUAUAAAAUAAUAUCAAAAUAUAAAUGAUUGUUUUUGUUUUGAAUUUUACUGUUUUGAUUCGUAACAUUAAGAAAAACUAGGAGGAAUUAAUAUGCAUUUGUUACCGACAGAUAAAACAUUUAGUUUUUUUAAGUUUCUUGUCCUCCUUAUCGUUAAUAAUGGUGUUUCAUCAAGUUUUUUUAAAUACUUUACCUUUUUUCAAUGAAAAUCUGGUCUAGACAAUUUUUAUGCAAGCCUCUACCAACAACAAGAAAUAUUUAUCGUAAUUAAUAAAAAAACAUUUUUAUUAAGUGAAAAAAUAUUCUGCAUCGUUCAACGUCAUAAUUGUAAAUCUUUUCUCAGUGUAUAUUAGAUAUCAAUUAGAAAAAAGUUCUCAUUAAGAAAAGGUAAAAUAUUUGACAUUAGACUGGUUAGUAUGUAAAUAUUAAAUGUAUUAACAGGCAAUGUUAAAAUGGGUUAUUUAAAAGUAUAUGCUAUAUUAAAGUAGUUAAUAUUUUAGCAAAUUUUUGACAAGCGUAGAAUAGAAAGUUUAAAUAUUAUAUAAAUGCAGCUUGUUUAAAAUUUGCAAGUUAGUGAAAAAAAUAUGGAAUCAACUGACUUAAAUAGGUAACUUUCUUCAGUCUUAAUAUACUGAGUGACAGAAUUCACAUUACACUUUAUUUUUGUCCGUUUCAAAAUCUAAAAUUAUGUUUCUAAACUUUUUCCAUAUACAGGCUGAUUCAUUUACAAUGGGAAAAUUGAAAGCUGAAGAUACUAUACGUGAAAUGGUGGCCAUUAGCACAAACAUGCCUUAUCCGAAAGUUGUUAGUUUCGGAAAUACAGGGUGUUGAAAGUUAAAAUUUUAAAUAGUUUU